AUGAUUCCAAUGUUAUUUUUAUUAAUAUUAAUUUUUCAUCGAAACAAUGGAAAAUUUUUAUUAAAUUCUGAAAGUUCAUCAAUUAUUGUUUUACGACAUAUUCGUUUAUCAACUGAUAAUGAAUAUUAUCGUAUUCGAUGUCCAUAUAAUUUAAAUCAUUUAAGUCUUACAUUAUUGAAUUAUUCAAAUGAAAAUUGUUUUGAUUUAUAUACAAAAUCAAUUCAUAAUGAUUGUGUCAAUAAUCGAUCACCUUGUCGAUUUUAUGCAAAAUCUACUCAACUAAAUUGUAAUGAACGUUCAUAUUCUAAUCAUGUUGAUGUCACUUAUCAAUGUUCAUUUUUAUCUUUAAUAUCAUCUAGUACAAUAUCUUCGAAUAAUGAAGAAAUAUCAACAUCUUCUGAAAUAGAAGAUGAAUUUAUUCAUUCUUCAUCUCCUCCAUUACAUACAAUUACUUUACAUGCUCUAUCGUUUCCAUCAACAUCAUUUGAUACUGAAGAAAGUGUUGGUAUAUUUCUUAUAGGUCUUGCUACAGUUUGUAUUCUUUGGUUAACUGUUUGUUGUAUGUGGUUUAUGCGUUGUGGUCGUAUUAAUAAAGAAGAUGAUGGAAAAUGUGAAUUACUUUCAUUUGGACCUUAUACAAAAGAUGAUAAUAUUGAUUUUACAAUAUCAUCUGAAACAAAAUCUAUGAUUGUUGGUAAUCUAUCUGGUCAUACAAGUACAGGUGGACUUGAAAAUAUUUGUGUUUAUGUCAAUCCACUCGAAAAUAAACGUAUCUCAUCAUUGAAUAUGACACAAAUCGAUUGA